ACGCUCCAUCCUGCGACUCUCUUCUCUUUCCAAUUCUCUCGACACGACGGCUUGGUCUACUCCCUGCUCCUUGCUCCCUGCUCCUCUACUCUCCGGCUUGGAGACAACUGCAAGUGAGAGAGUGCACGGCCUACUUACCACGAUUCUACUACUACUACUACUACUACUACUACUACUACUACUACUACUACUACUACUACUCUCUUCCUACUACCACUCAUCCACUACUACUACUCACCACCACCACCACCACCACCAACUCACUCAUACUACUCUGGAUUGCUGCUGGUGCCCGUGCUGCAUCAAAACUAUCCGGCAUCCCACUCCUGCUGCACUGCUUUUCUGUCCUCCGAUGCUGUCCAGCUAAUAACUAGUCGUCCAUUUCCGAUUUCCUUUACUGUCGCCGUUGCCACCGGCCAACUUUUACAUACACCAUGUCUCUUGCUGGCCCUCAGCCUCGACCGAUGCAUCCUGGAAUUUCUUCGUGGCCUGGUCAGCACGCCGUCUCUUCGCAUCCUCGACUUCCAGGCCUACCGUCGCCAUCAGAAUCCCAAUACGAAAUGCCACACUGGAAUCCCACUCAGCGUGCAACUCCCACCGACCCAGCCGCACCUGCAAAGGACACAAAGCUCCAAUUACCUGGCAUUUCUCAAAUACUUACACCACCCAUAUCUGAAGCGCAACGUCCGCUAUCUCAUCACGUACCAGCUCCAGCUCCAGCUCCGGCGCCAGCUUCUUCGUUCCACGACUCUGCCACCUCCGUUCACAACUCACCACCACGACAUCUAUCAUCCUCAACACUCAGCAGGCAGCAAUCGUUGGACGGCCGUGGAACUCCAUAUCUUGGGAGGCGAUCAGAUCCAGACAUACCAAUACCACAUGACACUUACUUUCCUCACCAGGCUCAUCUAUCUCAUGCCCCUCAGCUGCAUCACCAGUCGCCGCGCGCCACUUCCGUUGCUCCACAUCCCAUUCACGAUACAUCCGAAAGCGUGCAUGCCGGUGUAAAGCGACGGGCUGAAAGUGUACCGCGUGCACCGGAUUUUGCUCCGAGGGUCGUCUGUAAAGUGUAUGAUGAGCAUGGCAAUGAGCAUUGGAAGUACGACAAUGGUAACACCGUUCCUGCUGAAAUCGAUGGAGAGGCAGUCAAUCCUUGCUGGGGUAUCACAAAGGCCGGUAAACCACGGAAACGACUCGCCCAAGCCUGUCUUACUUGUCGAGAAAAGAAGAUCAAGUGUGAUCCUGGCUUCCCCAAAUGUGCCCAGUGCACCAAGUCUCAACGAACGUGUAAAGGAGGAGCAACCGAGCAGCAGUCGUCUCGUUCUCAGUCUCAUCGUUCAGAAACUAGUUCUCCCCUUCACAGAGCCGCCGGAACUGCACACAGCAGCCCUGGGACGUAUCCAUCCGUUGUAAGCACAAACGCUGCUCCCCCAGAGUGGUCGAGACCGACGAAGAUGCGACGCACAAGCGAUCACGAUUUGGCGCCGAGACAGCCGCAAGGUGCCUCGCCUCCACGCCACGAAAUACGAUGGAACCAAAGUGCUGGUAACGUUGGUUACCACACAGGCACUGAUCCUGAGCUCAAGCACGUUCCGACCAACAACUCACUCCAUUCAGCGAGACAUGUCAUGUCGGAGAACGAAAAAGCAGAUCGCUGGCUGACGGAUCCCUACGAAAUCAGUCCAGCCGUAACUCUCGAACUACUUGACCACUACUUUACGCACUUCAACUCCGCAACAUACUGCCUCUUUCCGAGAGAUACAAUCGUACAUUGGGUUCAACAUAACCGCUCGAAGACUCCACAAGAUCGUAUGGUGUUGUACAGCAUGCUCGCCAUCGGAUCCUUGUUCUCUCACAUCCCAGACCGACAUGCUUACGGCAAGGAGUUGCACGAAAUCGCCGAGUAUGCGCUAAAAACGCUGUUCAGUGAGCUGACGUUGCAGAUAUGCCAUGCCAGGCUUCUGGUGGGCAUGUAUUGCUUUGCACGUGGUGAAACAACUGCGUCAUGGAAUCACUGCAGACUGGCGCUGGGAUGCAUUAGCGCACUAGGGUUCAACUCGGAGAAGGUGAUCUGCUACAUUGCAGACCCCAGCGACCAUGUUUACGGGCUGGACCGGGAGAAGCUGCUUGAAUGCCGCAGGCGAACGUUCUGGUCUGGCUUUUUGAUGGACCGCUACAACGGCUUCUGCGGUGGCACUAAAUGCAACAUCAACCUCGAGGACACCUUCGUUCGUCUACCAUGUACAGAGCAGGAAUACAACAUGAAGCGCACACAGGAUCCUCCAAUCUUCGACUACGAUCUCAUCGGCACUCCUACCGAGCUUCCACUGAGCACAAUGGCCUAUCUCGUCCAGGUAUCGGCCAUUUGGGGUCAAGUCUUCUCAAUGACAGACCGAGCCUUGAAUAAGACUGUCAAUGCUGCGUACCUUGACUACUACGAGCACCACUACAACAGCAUGUACCACAAACUUCAGGCAUGGCACGCUCAAUUACCGCACGAUUUACGUUACAGUCCCGACGCCUUGACGAGUAGUAUCCACCGAGACUGCGCGGGAUCAUUCCUGUCGUUACACAGCUUGUACAACACUGCUUUUAUUAGGUUGAAUCGACACGUCAGAGUCGGUGCGCUUACGACUCAACUGGAAAGGAAUAUUCAAGCAAGCCUCGUGCACGCGAAGCAACUCUUCAAUAUUGCUCACCAUCUUCAACACGCAGACUCUCACCGCAUUGGCUCUCCUCGUCCAAGUUCGUUCUCUGCAGUUCCUUUUCUCGGCUACAGCUUGCUAGCGGCCGUGGACGUGCUCACCGCUGGCGGGUCCCGUGACACACUCCCGGGCCUCAAGAGGGCUGUCGAGGCCAACCUUGCUUGCAUCACGGAGCUGUCUCAUGUAUGGACCAGCGCCGACUCUCAGCGUGAUCUUGUCCUACGACGACUGCGCAAGAUAGACGACGUUACGUACGCUGGCUCGCCACGAGCAUUGGAGAACGGAGAUUGGGCUGUCGACCAUGCACUUGAUGCAACUUAUCGACGGGACGAAGAUGCUGUAUAUUCGAUAGGAUCGCAGAUUGCGGUCGCGAUGCGGGACUUUGACAUUCGAUUCUGAAUGGAGGCUUACGCUAUCAUCGUGCAUCUAUUUCCAGCUUACAGCAAUCUGGAUCACACCUCACCACCGUUCUAUUGUUUUGCUGA